CUCGAACCUGGAACCGCCCGCGCGCCCGAACCCGGAACCGAACCCGCGCCCGUGCCACACGUGCCUGACUCUCCCGCGUGCAAGCGCGCCGCGCCGUGUGUUCCGCGUAGCCGAGCCGCGUCCCCUCCCUGUAGCAAGCCGAGCCGCACGCGAAGUCCCCAUACCGAGCCGAGCCGCGUCUGCACCAAGCCGAGCCGGUCCUGCCUUCUUCCAGCCGAGCCGCCAAGCCUGUUUUGGCUCCUUCCACCUAAAUUUUUGCAAAUUGGACCAAAUAGCUGCUGCAGCUUAGGACUUCCUCAGUAGGAACUCAUCUAGCAACAUCUCGAGGUAGAGGACGAGGCAAGGGCAAGGGCAAGCUGGCGAGCGACGUGAAGUGACCGUGGCGAGCCAUAGGGGUUUUCCUGCUUCCGCACAUGUUUUACUUUACAGUUAAAUUCAUGUUUCGGCUUUCUGCAUGUUUACUUUGGUUAUUUUUGUAGAUAGGGCCCGCUUAGGGAUUUUAAACUUAACUCGUAUUUCUACAUGUUACUUUAACUAUCUUUCAUAAAUACAUUUGCUAGAUUUCUUUGCAUUUAUUUACACCGGAUUUUAUGACUUAAACACUGAUCCUAGAUUCAGUAACCACUUCGAUUCAGCAUAAAGAGUCGGGUCGUUACAGUUGGUAUCAGAGCGCAGUGUUUUAGGUCCUGUAGACUGACUUAUGAUGUAAGUCAUUUUGUUUUGAUUUUUACCUCACCCUAUGGCUAUACGGUCCUUCGUCACUCGCCAGGUAUGCCUAAAGCUUUACAAAUAUUAAGAUUAUAAUGUUGCCUGAUUAGAUUAGACUUAGAGUGAGAAUAUUGAGUUCUAGUGGUGAAAAAUUUGUUGGUGAAUUUUAGGAAGAAUGCCGCCACGUAGAGGUGCACGCCGAGGAGGUGGCAGGGGAGGCAGAGGAGCCGGUCGUGGCCAACCGGCGGAGCAACCUGCCGCGCCGCCAGUCAACCCCGACGUACCAGUCAACCCUAAUGCACCGGUCACUCAGGCGGAUCUCGCCGCAAUGGAGCAGCGUUACCAGGCCAUGCUGCAAGCUGCUCUAGCGCCGUUCCUCGCUGCUCAGCAGAACCAGGCCGCCCCUGUUCAGGACCAGCCUGUAGUCCCUCCAGCCCCUGUUCAGGACCAGCCCGUCAUCCCUCCAGCCCCGGUGGAAGCCCAGCCGGUGCCAGUACAACUGUCAGCUGAGGCCAAGCACUUGAGGGAUUUUAGGAAGUACAACCCGAAGACUUUCGACGGAUCCUUGGACAACCCCUUUAGAGCCCAGCUGUGGUUGACAUCCAUAGAGACGAUCUUCAGGUACAUGAAGUGCCCAGAAGACCAGAAGGUGCAGUGUGCAGCUUUCUGUUUGGAGGAUAGGGGGACUGCCUGGUGGGAGACUGCUGAGAGGGCGCUGGGAGGAGAUGCCAGCAAGAUCACAUGGGAGCAAUUCAGGGAGAGCUUUUAUGCUAAGUUCUUCUCUGCCAACGUGAAGCACGCCAAGCUCCAAGAAUUCCUAAACUUGGAGCAAGGCAAACUGAGCGUGGAACAGUAUGAUGCCGAGUUCGACCUGUUGUCCCGUUUUGCCCCUGAUGUGGUAAGGGAUGAGGCCGCCAGGACUGAGAGAUUUGUUAAUGGCCUCAGGUUAGACCUCCAGGGUUUUGUACGAGCUCUUCGACCAACCACUCAUGCGGAUGCUCUACGCAUAGCACUGGAUCUGAGCCUGCAUGAGAGAGCUGGUCAAUCUAAGGUUGUCGGCACAGGGUCAGCCUCGGGACAGAAGAGGAAGGCGGAGGCGCAGCCCGACGUAGUACCACAGCAGACUCCGAGGUCAGGAGGUGUCUUCCAGAGACACCGUCGGGAGCUGGCAGCAGCUGGGAGAACUUUGAGAGAGCUACCCACUUGUACUACCUGUGGGAAGGUCCAUGGAGGACAAUGUUUAGCUGGGAGUGGAGUCUGCUUCAGGUGCAGGCAGCCGGGGCACACUGCUGAUGCGUGUCCUCGGAAACCCUUAGAGACGACGCCACGUCAGCCUUCUGCUCCCCAGCAGGGGAGAGUCUUUGCCACGAACCGGCAGGAGGCCGAGCGAGCUAGUACGGUGGUGACAGGUAGAGGACGAGGCAAGGGCAAGGGCAAGCUGGCGAGCGACGUGAAGUGACCGUGGCGAGCCAUAGGGGUUUUCCUGCUUCCGCACAUGUUUUACUUUACAGUUAAAUUCAUGUUUCGGCUUUCUGCAUGUUUACUUUGGUUAUUUUUGUAGAUAGGGCCCGCUUAGGGAUUUUAAACUUAACUCGUAUUUCUACAUGUUACUUUAACUAUCUUUCAUAAAUACAUUUGCUAGAUUUCUUUGCAUUUAUUUACACCGGAUUUUAUGACUUAAA